AUGACAAUCAAAUAUUCGCGUCAAGAACCGAUUCGAAGAAGGCUCAAAAAACGGUUGACUAGCGGCUGUUCGGCUGCGGCGGGAAAGCUGAUGCAAGAUGAGAUCUCCUCAGCGCAGUUGCUCCAAACGCUUCUGCAUCGAGAGAAACGUCUUUAUCAGAACUUCCCGCUUAGUCUCGCCCAGGGUGACGGCGUAAUCGGUUGGCGUGAUCGCAAUCGCGAAUGCGCGUGGAUGUGCGCGUCGGCGCGACGCCUCGGACUCGACAUCGACGCCUCGACGCUCGCCAUCGCGAUAUUCGACCGAGUGAUCGUCUCGACAAAAGUGCCAAACAAGUAUGUGAAUUGCGUGGCUGUCGCGUGCCUCAGUUUGGCGAAAAAGUUGUGCGAAGAUCACGAGGAGGACGCGCCGGUGUUCCUCGGACGCCUUCGACUUGAGUACAGCGCCUCCGAGCUGAAGCGAAUGGAGUUGAAGAUUCUCGAGGUGCUCAAUUGGGACGCUCAUCUGCCGAACGUUUAUCGAUUUGUUGAGGUGUUCUUGUCGCAAUUGGGAGCUGCUUCAUUCCUUCUACCAUCCAUUAGAUUCAGAUGCCAUAUGGAGACACUUUUGUGCGAUUCGACAAUCGUCGCCCAAUUUCGUCCGAGCGUUCUCGCGCUAUCGCUCGUCUCGCUGCUCGUCGAGGCGAUCAAUCGCCAUUGGCAGCAUCCGAUUGGCGCCAUAUGCAAAAACGCCAAAUUGGUUAUGUGCGAGGUGUCGCGUUGCCGUGUGCGCAUCUCGAACUUGUGGUCGCGACGCGUUCUGCCGAUGCCGUCCACGUUCCACAUUCUCGCCGAGGACGAACCGAUGCCGAUGCCCAGGGCACUUCAACCGACACCCUGCUGA